AUGGUAAAGACUCUUACCCCUCUUCCCCCCUCCUUCACCCAGCACCACGCUAUCUCCUCGAGGAACCAGCACCACGCUAUCUCCUCGAGGAACCAGCACCACGCUAUCUCCUCGAGUAACCUGCACCACACUAUCUCCUCAGUGAACCAGCACCAUGCUAUCUCCUCGCACCAUGCUAUCUCCUCGAGGAACCAGCACCACGAUAUCUCCUCGAGGAACCAGCACCACGCUAUCUCCUCAGUGAACCAGCACCACGCUAUCUCCUCAGUGAACCAGCACCCCGCUAUCUCCUCGGUGAACCAGCACCAUGCUAUCUCCUCGAGGAACCAGCACCACGAUAUCUCCUCAGUGAACCAGCACCAUGCUAUCUCCUCGAGGAACCAGCACCACGCUAUCUCCUCAGUGAACCAGCACCACGCUAUCUCCUCGGUGAACCAGCACCACGCUAUCUCCUCGGUGAACCAGCACCACGCUAUCUCCUUGGUGAACCAGCACCACGCUAUCUUCUCAGUGAACCAGCACCACACUAUCUCCUCAAUGAACCAGCACCACGCUAUCUCCUUGGUGAACCAUCACCACGCUAUCUCCUCAGGGAACCAGCACCACUCUAUCUCCUCGGUGAACCAGCACCACGCUAUCUCCUCAGUGAACCAGCACCACGCUAUCUCCUCAGUGAACCAGCACCACACUAUCUCCUCAGUGAACCAGCACCACACUAUCUCCUCAGUGAACCAGCAACAUGCUAUCUCCUCGAGGAACCAGCACCACGCUAUCUCCUCGGUGAACCAGCACCGCGCUAUCUCCUCGGUGAACCAGCACCAUGCUAUCUCCUUGAGGAACCAGCACCACGAUAUCUCCUCGAGGAACCAGCACCACGCUAUCCCCUCGGUGAACCAGCACCACGCUAUUUUCUCAGUGAACCAGCACCACGCUAUCUCCUCGGUGAACCAGCACCAUGCUAUCUCCUCGGUGAACCAGCACCACACUAUCUCCUCAGUGAACCAGCACCACACUAUCUCCUCGGUGAACUAG